GUGGCAGUGUGACAGGGAUCGCCGAGUCCAACGAACAAUGGAAUGGAACAGGACGUGUGGCUCAUCGUUCAUGUGGCGCUGCCUGCCGAGCCUGCUUUGCGGGGUCAAGCCACAUCUAAGGACAGUGCCCACUGCCCAGUGCCCAGCACUACAGUAAUGAGAUCAGAUCAGGCCAUUCCAUGACCACUAAGCAAAGAUUUAUUUAUCUCAGUCAACUUCAACCUCUGCACCACGCACGAUCCUCUUCUCCUGUCAAAGGGAAAGUCAAUUGGAAAGUUCUUGGUCUUUUUGAAACUUCAGCCGAAUCUCAUCACAUCAUACUUCUGUUUACGACCCAGACAUCUUCCGAGAUGAACACUGUUAAAUCCUUCUGGGUGGGCUGGGGCGCACUGUGUGUCGCUGGUGGCGGCGCAUAUUACUUCGCGAAGAAGUCGAUCAAUGCCGACAGAGCAACUAGAUUCGAGGCCGAACAAAGAAGACGGAGAAUUCAGGAAUCGCUCGAGUACUCUGCGACGGCGACAUCUAAGGCUGGCACAAAUGGAGGACCACCCAGAGCAGAUAGCUCCGGAUCACCGAGUCAAGAGGCUACUUUAGAUCCUGCGCCUACACGACAUGCACCGGAUACGGAAGGACAGAGGGUUCGAGAGAAGAGCAAGUACGAGACGGCUGAACCAUUCCGGUCCAGGAAGGGCGAUAGAUUCAGUUGAGAGGCUAAGCUGGGGAACUAGAUUUGAACAAACGCGAUGACGGAUGGACAGAAGGCAUGGAAUGGAGAAUUUUGGAUCUGCAAAGAAAGUCAACCAACGACUCUGCAAGAUGUGUAUAAAGUAAAAUGAUCUCCUCUACUGGCGUUAUGGUUGGCAGCGGAUUGGGUGUGUUUGUAUGAAAUAGGCCACCCGAAUGGGGUCUUCAGAGAAUAACAAUACUUUACUUUAUGACGGAACGAUAAUGAAAUUGAAUG